GGAAUGGAGGAAGCAGGAGUGUGCGUGAGCCGAUCUCAGAAGGUGAGUACUAUUCACCUGUUUUAGUUUCGGCUUCAGGCGGAAAAACUCUCUCUGAGAUUAUGCAGCUGAAAGUGUCCUCCCAGACAUAUCCGGAUAUCCUAUGAAAACAAAACCAGUAGCUCACACAAACAUGGAUGAUCGUUUCUGAUAUCAAAGCCAUGGGGUUUACUAAAUUCCGGUGGAUCUGCACUUUUAUUGGACUGGUCUUCUCAGUGGUGGAUAUCGCAUCUGAUUUACUGCUGAGUUUGCAGUAUUUCAGGGAACAACAGUACACCUGGUUCGCACUGACGCUCUUAUUUGUUCUCGUCGGCUCUCUGUGCAUGCAGAUUUUCAGCUACUGCUGGUUUAGGGAAGAUAAUAAUGGCGAGGAGGGGACAGAAUCGCUCACGACUAACGUCGGCUUGCUCCAUCUGUUACACAUGGGCUUCUUCACCAGGUAUUAUGAUCUGCUGAAGAAGAGCUUCAGUUCUGUAUGGAGGGCUAACUCUGGCACUAGUACUCAGAUGCUGUUUGGGUUGGCGGCUGAUCUGAGCAUGUUGCGGCUGAUGGAGACAUUUCUGGAGAGCGUUCCUCAGCUCCUCCUGCAGGCAUACAUCAUGCUGGAGCACCAACGCACCUCCAAGAUACAGUAUCUUAGCAUGGCCGUGUCCUUCCUAAAUGUAGCCUGGAGCAUAGUGGAUUACUGGCGCUGUUUACGCAGGUCGCUCCCCAACGCAGAAGAAAUGCCGGGUGGAAUUCCUACAGUAGUCUACCUGCUUUAUAAAACCUUAACCAUCACUGCCCGCGUUCUGAGCCUCACGAUGAUCAUCAUGCUGAGCUCCUGGAAUCUCCUGGUGUUAGGUUCCCUCUGGCUAGCAGGGACCGUAUGGGCUCACAUGAUAAAAACUGAUUUCUGCACGUUCCGGUGUUUGGAGGAGCUUUAUCGCGCCAUUGUCGGGGUCAUUCUCGUCUUCACCUUUUUCAACAUUAAAGGAAAGAAAACCAAAAAACAUAUGAGCAUAUAUUACGUGCUCAGCACGCUGCAUAACUUCUCAGCUCCCCUUUUCCUGUUCCUGUUCAUGCCGAAGACUGUGGAAUCAGACUACUUUUUACCAGUUACUGUUUUCAUAUUAACGUCUAAUACAAUGGGACUGGGAUUCCUGAUCCUCUACUACAAAGCUUUACACCCGGGCAAUCGGGUCGAGUCAGAUGCAGUGGAUGGAAUGGUCACAUUGAACACAAAUAAUUCCUCCCCUUCCAGGCGUUUUGAUAGAUUUUUAUCUUAACUCUAACACCUCAGAGUCUGAGGAUUUAGGACCAAGCUGCCCUUAAAGCUGCAGGGAAGCUAAAGUUGUCAUUAGGUACCUUUUUUUGAGUAAUGGUCAGAUUUGCCAAUGUGUACAAACUCUUACCAGAAGUAUUCUUCUUUUCAUGUGAAGCUGAUGGAGUUCCUCCCUCAGAGCUUUGACCAAAAUUGCACAAUCCCCUUUAAACUUUUUUGAACGUGUUUGUGGUUGAGUCUAGUGAGCAAAGCUAAUCUUGUGAAAACUAGAGCAAACUAGCAAGCGAAAACCUAUCUAGCAAGUAAGAGCAAAUCUAGAAACAAAGGCAGCAAGCAAAAGUGAACUAGAGAGCAGAAGCUACUUAAGCAACUUCAGAAACAUGUUGAGUGAACACAAGGGGAGUAUUUAAAGGCAAAAUAUCAAGCAAAAGCAAACUCUAAGUGAGAGCUAACCUCUUGAAUGCCGAGGCACAAUAGAGCUAGCAAGUGAAAACUAACCUAGCAUGUAAGAGCGAAUGUAGCAGGUGAAAGCAAAGAUCUGUGAGUGAGAACUAACCUCUUGUUAGCUGGUGAAUAAUAGUGAAAUCUAACCUAGCAAGUGAAACAAAAACAACAAACAAAAGCAAACUAGUGAGCAAAAGCUACCUGCACAAGUUAACGCUAGCCUCAGAAUCAAAAUGUUUAGUGAAAGCAUAAACAGUACACAAAGGCAGAAUAGACAGCAAAAGCUGACCCUGUGAGUGAAAGCUAACAUGUUGCUAAAGACUAGCACCUGUACAAAGGAAUCAAGCUGUACAUCAUCAUCAUCACCAUCAUCGUCGACAUCAUCAUAAAGAAAGAAAGUAACCCACAACCAACACAAGUUAGUUGUUUGGUUUAUUAUAGAAACAACUUGUUAUAAAAAUGAUAUAAAGUAAAUCUCAUAUGAAUAUAUACACUAUAUUGCCAAAAGUUUUGGGACGUCUGCCUUUACAUGCACAUGAAUGUGAUAUGGAGUUGGCGUGCCCUUUGCAGCUAUAACAGCUUCAACUCUUCUAGGAAGGCUUUCCACAAGGUUUAGGAGUGUGUUUAUCGGGUUGAGGUCAGGACUCUGUGCAGGACAGUCAAGUUCCUCCACUCGCUCAUCCAUGUCUUUAUGGACCUUGCUUUGUGCACUGGUGUGCAGUCAUGUUGGAACAGGAAGGGGUCAUCCCCAAACUGUCCCCACAAAGUUGGUAGCAUGAAAUUGCCCAAAAUGUCUAAGGGGUCAAGCCCAACCCAAAACUUUUGCAAAUAUAGUGUAUGAAUAUCAAAAGCAAUAUAAGCUAGAAAAUAUUCAUGUCAUCCAACUAGUUUCUUAAUGUAGGGACUUAAAAUUUAGACUCUACCUAUUCACAGCUACUUGUGGAAGCUUAUGCUCAUUUUGUAACCUGGAUAAAAGACUGAACUCAUUGAACUGAAGAAAGCAACAUUAAAGCACUUUACUUAAAGCUGAACCUGAUCACUAACACACAUUUAUUGCUGUAGUAAUACUAGUAGCUGAAAAUAAUUACAAUUCUUUUAAUCAUUCAGAGAUACUCAAACGUCCAGACAUAUGUGUCUCUCAUACGAUAACGGGAAUUUAUCUAUUUAUUUUCACAUGGUGCACUUUUGAUAUUAAAGUUAUAUAAGAUACGUUAUGUAUACCAUCUGUAAAUAUUUAAUUUGUUAAAUAGUUUGCUGAAUUUUUAGUGAUAAUCUACUUUGUAACUGUCCGUCACUGAUAACCGGAAAAGUAGCCACCAGGUGGUGCUGUGAUACAAAAAUAUCUUAGUACAACCACUCUUCACAGAAAAGCUGUUAAACCUAAUAUUAUCUUGCAGCCAAGGAUAAACAUUUUAAACCUAUUUGCAUAGAAAUAUUAAUACACAGUUUAUCAGCUGUGCUUAAUCAAACUAAUUCACUCAUAACAUCGGUUUAGAGCAGCGGUGUCCAGUUUUAUCCACAAAAAGCCAGUGUGAGGGCAGGAUUUCUUGCCAGUUGAACCUGAGCCACACCUGAUUCCACCUGUUUAAUCAGAUGAUCCUGGCUUUCAAUAGACUCAGGUGUGGCUUCUGCUCGGUCGGAAUGAAAAACCUGCAUCCACGCUGGUCCUUUCCAGAAAAACUGGACACUCCUGGCUCUCUAAAACAUUUCUAAAGCAUUAUUUUGAUAUGAAUUCUUUAAAAGUAAAUAAACAACCAAAAAACAUUUGA